AGUACUGAGAUAAACAUAAACAAAAUAUCAUAUAUCGUUAGGUCGCGGUCGCUGCAGUCAUUUUACGUGACGCCGUGUCGAUCGCGAGCACGUCCACCGCAACGAACACUUCCAUUAUUGAAACCCUGGCGUCCCGCGAGUCUCAGACAAUAAUAAUAUCGUACAAAUGAUUGUAAAUUUGAAAUACUUCAAAAAACAAUGGACAGACUUACCCGCGUUCGGAAUCUCGUCUUAUAAGGUGGAGAACUCGGAUCCUCGUAGGACCUUGUACACGUUGACGGCUUUACAGUUGUGGUUUCAAUGGUUUUCAAUUAUACUGUUGAUCACCAGCUGCUUAUUAGAAUGGUACGUUGAAAAGGGUGGCAAGAUAAGUCAUUCGUGGGUCGGUUUCGGACAGUUUUACUUCAAUGCCUCUCUGCUAUUCCAAAUAUGUGACGUCAUACUGUCGAUGUACGCGAGUUACCAUUUGCGAAAUGCCACUAUCCGAUAUAGUAACAUACAAGAUGUUAGAAUAUGGAUAAUAGUCAACAAUCUUUACCUUUUGUCAGCGAUAACGUGUUUUAUAUUUGUUUUGUCCAAAGUCGGGAGUCUCGUAAUUUGUAUAAAAUCGAUAACCAUAAUGAUAUUUGCCAAUUACAAGAUAUACAUCGUCCAUCAGAUUUACAAGGACGAAAAAUCGUCGUACAUUAUUUUGGAACAAGGUCCGCCGAUGUUAUCUGAUUCACCACAACCUUUCAAAGGAGACAAUCUAUCACUUCAAAAUUAUCUCGUUGAAGUUGAAGAGGAAUCGGAAAAAAUGUCCAACUUUGAACCACUGCUCUACACAGCAAAUUAAUAAUCGUAUAUAACACCUAAUACGGUUGUCAAAAUAACAAAAAUAAUGAUAUUAAAAUAAUGUUUCAAUGUCUAUAUGGUUUUAAUAAUAGAUAAUAUAAAUUAGAUUUAUUUCUGAUCAUCAAUUUUGAUAACGAUUUUAUACUUUAAGUCUUAUAUUUUGUAACAUGUAAAUAUAAAAUAAAUAAUAGCAUAUAUUUAAAUAUA